UAUUGGAUCGAAAUGUCAGGAGUCAAAAAGAAGCAACGUUCCUUCGAGGAUUUCUCCUACAUGGCGGAAAUAAUGUUCAAGAGCCUGGGCUAUGAUCUUAUGGACACUCCGCGGUCCCGGUGGCGAAACAUCCUGAUGCGCGGCUACUUCAUCCUGUGCUUAGUCUCCAGUCUGUACGAAUCAUUCUUUGUGACUUACAGGAUCCUGGAGUGGGAGUCAAUAGCCGGCAGUCCCUCAAAAGUUAUGCGGCAAGGUCUGCACUUCUUCUACAUGUUCAGUGCCCAGGUGAAGUUUUUCACCUUCAUGGUAUACCGGAAAAAGUUGAGAGUCCUCAUCAACAACCUGAAGGAUCUGUAUCCCGAGGAAGAGGAUCAAAGGAGACAGUAUGAUGUGAAUAGUUUCUAUUUCUCGCGUGCCACUCGCAGUGUCAUGUACUUCUAUUAUAUGGUCAUGAUUUUGAUGGCUUUCCAUCCACUCAUCCAGUCUUGUAUCAUGUUUGCCGUUGGUCUCGGAAAAUCCGACUUUCUCUAUUUGCGUAUUUUUCCCACGCAAUUGAGUUUUGACGUAAGGAACCCCAAAGGCUACAUUCUGGGCUAUAUCAUAGACCUGACCUACAGUCAGUUUAUAGUAAAUGUCAGUCUCGGCACCGAUCUCUGGAUGAUGUGUGUUUCCAGUCAGAUAUCCAUGCAUUUUGCCUAUUUGGCCAAGGUUUUGUCCUCGCACUUGCCAAAUCGGGAAAGAGAAAACGAAGAUCGUGAUUUUCUGGUAAGCGUGGUCCGGAGACACCAGGUAAUUCUCAGAUUGCAAAAGGAUGUCAAUCAAGUAUUUGGACUCCUGUUGGCCUCCAAUCUCUUUACAACUGCCAGCUUACUUUGCUGCAUGGCUUUCUAUUCUGUGGUCCAGGGUUUCAAUCUUGAAGGAAUUUCAUAUUUGAUGCUUUUUUUAAGUGUUGCAGCCCAGUUUUAUAUGGUUAGCUCUUAUGGGCAGAUGCUAAUAGACUGGAGCAUUCAAAUUGCUGCCGCUGCUUAUGAACACAAAUGGUAUGAAGGCUCAAUAAGAUAUAUAAAGGAUAUUGCUUUUAUUAUGGCACGUGCCCAGCGUCCUGCAGAAAUAUCCGCCAGGGGCAUUAUCAUUAUAUCCUUUGAUACUUUUAAAACAUUGAUGACUAUCACCUAUCGAUUCUUUGCUGUAAUAAGACAAACUGUUGGAAAGUAAAAGCCACACAUAUUUUUAAAAGUAUUAUAGUUUUAAUAAAAGUGCAAUAAUCUUAGCCAAAAUCUUGUUAAUUGAGCUACUCCUAUUGACUUAA